AUGACUGAAGUGAGAAGAUCAAGCAGAAUUGCCAACAAGAAAAUUAUCCAUCAAGCUGAUGUGAAGGCUGAACACAGCUCAAAAGUGAGCAAGAAAGCCAAAACGACAGUGAAGAAAACGUUAUCGGUUUCAAAGAUCGAGACUGAUUUAAAGGAAACCCAAAAGGAUGACUAUGAGGAGAUUCAAGUUGGAGAUGAAAUCCCUGAUUUAACAUUAGAGAAUCAAGAAGGUGAAGAGUUGUCCUUGAGAGAUUUAGCCCAGAAAAACAAAAUAAUUACUAUAUUUGUUUAUCCAAGAGCUAGUACUCCAGGUUGUACUAGACAAGCUUGUGGCUUUAGAGAUAAUUUCGAUGAUUUGAAGAAAUAUUCUUUAAUAUUGGGUUUGAGUGGUGAUUCCAUUACUGCACAAAAACAUUUUAAAACUAAACAAAAUUUACCAUACGAUUUGUUAUGUGAUACAGAAAAAAAAUUGAUAACUAUCCUAGGGUGCAAAAAGAAGCCAAGUGGUAUUAUUAGAUCUUAUUUCAUUUUUGUUGAUGGUAAAUUAAAAUUGAAAAGGGUUAAAGUUUCCCCUGAAGUAAGUAUUACUGAGAGCAAGAAAGAAAUUUUAGAUCUAGUUAAGGAGUUAUGA